CGGCGCGGUUGUGGUGACGUCACAGGGUUGGGCAGGUAGUUUCGCGUGGGGGCGGAAAUUAGCUACGGUGUUGCGCCGUCUACUUUCUGUCAUGAAGAAGAGCGGCAGGAGGAGAAAAAGGAGACAAGAGGACAACAACACGGAGCUAAUUGGUGUCACGCAAACGAACUUGGCCCGCGGCAGGCGGUCAAUCUGCCCUUCUAAUUGGCUGAUCACUGUGCAUCCCCGCGCCGCCACCUGCUGGCCGGGAGACGCACUGUGGAUGAUGGCUAAAGCAUGAAGGAUUCUGGGGCCCCCCCAUUAUCCAGAUGUUCCAUGGUGACGAGUACCUGGGCCGGGCUGAGCAUGACCGCCAGGCGCCUCACUACGACCAGGUCCCGCCGGGCACGUUGCCCCGCGACAACUCCUAUGAGCUUCAGCCUCUGAGCUCCCAACCGGCAACGUACUUCGCCCGCAGCGCCGACCCACUCCCGCCGCCGCCUCUGCCCAACCAGCCUCCCAUCGGACCCGACUACCCCAGCGACGGUGAGGGCCCCCCGACUGAGCAGGAUCUGGACCCAGCCCUGGACAUCAAACCGGUGCACCGCUUCAUCCCCGACUCGUGGAAGAACUUCUUCCGAGCCAGCGACCGCAGCAGCAAAAAGGGGGCGUGGCCCGACCCCUCUGUGGCGUCAUGUAACAACAACAACAGCACCAGCGAGGGUGUGCGCUGCUCGCCCCCCCAUACGCCGUCCGUCCCCGGGUCCUACCGGGACCCUUAUGGAGGCUCGGCCGGCAGCUACAAUUCGGGCAAGGAGCUUCUGGACCUUGGCGAGUCGGCUUCGGGCCGCACGUACCGCACCGGGCUGACCUACAGCGAGCGUGUGGAGGAAUACCACCAACGCUACGCCUACAUGAAGUCCUGGGCGGGGCUGCUGAGGAUUCUGGGAUGCGUGGAGCUGCUGCUGGGCGCCGCCGUCUUUGCCUGCGUCUGUGCUUACAUCCACAAGGACAACGAGUGGUUCAACAUGUUCGGCUACUCGUCUCCAGGCGGGGCCUACGGCGGCGGCUUCUACGGCGCCGGCACGGGUGCCACCACAUACACGGGUCCCAAGACGCCCUUUGUGCUGGUGGUGGCGGGCCUGGCGUGGCUGGUGACCAUCAUCGUGCUGGUGUUGGGCAUGACCAUGUACUACCGCACCAUCCUGCUGGACUCCACCUGGUGGCCGCUGACGGAGUUCAUCAUCAACUUGGCGCUCGCCUUGCUCUACAUGGCCGCAGGCAUCGUCUACGUGCGCGAUACCACCCGCGGGGGCCUGUGCUCCUACCCCGUGUUCAACAACGGCAUGAGCGGCGCCUUCUGCAGGACGGAGGCCGGACAGACGGCCGCCAUCAUCUUCCUUUUCCUCACCAUGGUCAUCUACCUGAUCAGCGCCGGCGUCAGCCUCAAGCUAUGGCGCCACGAAGCGGCGCGCAGAUACCGCCAGAGCAACGCCCAGGAGAUGCGGCAGUCCGAGUUUGGAGCAGCACAGUCACUGCUGGUACCCACUGGCGCUCCGGCAGGCAUCAAAACCCCCCGUCAGGAAUCGUCCCUGGUGUCCGUCCGGGAUGCGCCCAUCGCCGUUGCCCCCCAAGUCCUGCAGGGGGCGAUACCGUCCGGGCACAUUCCCAAACCUGUUAUUGUUCCGGAUUACAUUGCGAAGUACCCUACCAUCCGCUCGGACGAGGAGCGCGACCAGUACCGCGCCGUGUUCAACGACCAGUACGCCGAGUACAAAGAGCUGCACGCCGAUGUGCAGGUCGCCUGCAAGAAAUUUGACGAGAUGGACGGCAUGAUGCGGAACCUCCCGCAGCAGGCCAGCAGCCAGAUGGAAGCCGAUCGCAUCAACAGAAUUCUUCAGGAAUUCCAGAGGAAGAAAAACGACCCGACGUUUCUAGAGAAGAAGGAACGCUGUGACUACCUGAAGAACAAGCUGUCGCACAUCAAGCAGAAGAUUCAGGAGUACGACAAAGUCAUGGAGUGGAACGACGGCCAUGACUAAAGGAUGCAAAAGUCCACUUGGGGGGUGUGCAAGCGUCCGGUGGAGCUAAAUAUACCAAACAUCUGGAAUAUCUUCAAGUUGCCCCUUGUUCCCUGUCUUUUACAUUUUGUUCUACCAUUUCACACCUUUGAAAACACUUAAUUUCUCAGUGGUUUGUAAUGCUGUCUGCUCAUGUUGAUAUGCACGCGGGUGUUGCUUUGUUUUGUCCUCACA